GACAGCUGCACCCCGGUUUCUCCCCAGCGUGCAUCUCCUGUGUCUGUCUGUCUCUCUCUCCCACUGUACCUGCCGAGGACUGACACCCCGCGGCCUGGCCAUGGCGACCACAUUUCUGCAGACUUCUUCCUCAAGCUUUGGGGGCAGCUCUAGCCGAGGGGGCUCCCUCCGGGCCGGGGGAGGCAGCUUUGGUGGGGGGAGCCUAUCUGGCGGAGGCGGAAGCCGCAGUGUCUCAGCUUCUGCUAGGUUCGUCUCCUCCUCGGGGUCGGGCGGAGGCUAUGGGGGCGGCCUGAGCUACGGUUUCGGUGGCGGCUUCUGCGGAGGCUUUGGAGGCGGCUUGGGCGGGGGUUUUGGCGGUGGGGGCUUCGGUGAUUUUGGCGGUGGUGAUGGUGUUCUCCUCGCUGGCAAUGAGAAGGUGACCAUGCAGAACCUCAACGACCGCCUGGCCUCCUACCUGGACAAGGUGCGCGCUCUGGAGGAGGCCAACGCCGACCUGGAGGUGAAGAUCCGGGACUGGUACCAGAAGCAGAGCCCCGUCAGCCCCGAGCGGGACUACAGCCGCUACUACAAGGAAAUUGAGGAGCUCCGGGACAAGAUUCUGGCCAGCACCAUCGACAACUCUCGGGUCAUUCUGGAGAUCGACAAUGCCAGGCUGGCUGCCGAUGACUUCAGGCUCAAGUACGAGCACGAGCUGGCCCUGCGCCAGACAGUGGAGGCGGACAUCAACGGGCUGCGCAGGGUGCUGGAUGAGCUGACCCUGUCCAAGACCGACCUGGAGAUGCAGAUCGAGAGCCUGCAGGAGGAGCUGGCCUACCUGAGGAAGAACCACGAGGAGGAGAUGAAGGAGUUCAACAGCCAGCUGGCCGGCCAGGUCAAUGUGGAGAUGGACGCGGCCCCGGGUGUGGACCUGACCCGCAUGUUGGCCGAGAUGAGGGAGCAGUAUGAGGCCAUUGCGGAGAAGAACCGCAGGGAUGCCGAGGCCUGGUUCUUCAGCAAGACUGAGGAGCUGAACAAGGAGGUGGCCUCCAACACGGAGAUGAUCCAGACCGGCAAGACAGAGGUCACGGAGCUGAGGCGCACGCUGCAGGGGCUGGAGAUCGAGCUGCAGUCGCAGCUGAGCAUGAAAGCCGGCCUGGAGGGCACCUUGGCAGAGACUGAGUGCCGCUAUGCCACGCAGCUGCAGCAGAUCCAGGGGCUCAUUGGGGGCGUGGAGGAGCAGCUGGCCCAGCUGCGCUGCGAGAUGGAGCAGCAGAGCCAGGAGUACAACAUGCUGCUGGACGUGAAGACGCGGCUGGAGCAGGAGAUCGCCACCUACCGCAGCCUGUUGGAGGGCCAGGAUGCCAAGAUGGCUAGCGUCGGCUCCCGGGAAGCCGUCUUGGGAGGUGGCAGCAGUGGUGGCGGCAGUUUCCGAAUCAAAGUGGAGGAGUCAGUGGACGGCAAGGUGGUUUCCUCCCACAAGAGAGAUGUCUGAGUGCCCACACUGGGGCCAGUCCCUGCUAGCCUGGUCCCCCAGGGCUGAGGGGCACUGGCCAGUCCCUGUCCUCAGAGAGUGCUCGGCCCAUGCGGUGCCCACUCCCCUGGUUGAUGGCUUUCUGUGUUCUUGCCCCCCACCCCCCGUGCUCCCCACCCCUUUUGGGGUACAGGAAGCAGCCAUCCAAGGUCACGGCUCACACAUUCCUCGCCUGCUCCCACAAUAAAGUUUUGCUUCUAUUUUCUUGAA